UUCAAGUGGGCACAAGGGUGCAGUUCGGUGAGCGUGUGUGCCGAUCCCUCCAGAGGAGCCCGUCAUGCUGUCACACUGAGGAUGCAUCUAGGAGCAUGAGCACCGUCGGGAACGAGCAUGACAUGUUGUGUGAGAAGGCAGUAGCCCUCAUAACUGACCUCUGCAUGCAUGAGAACCCCCUGUUAGAGCACAAGACCUGCGAGGAAUUUCUCUUCCUUAUCACCAACCUCAACCAACCCGACGUUACUGUUGGCAUCCCUGUUGGUGUGUUAGUGGCGUGCAGUUUGGCAUUGCUGCUACUGGUGGCGUUAGCUUCCUGGAAACUGUGCUGGAUACCUUGGCGAGAUAAGGCUGUGACGUCCUCUAGUUCUGUCGCCCUAACCACGGACAGCUACCCAUCCCUUCAGCCACUGUCACGUGGGCCCAGUCCCCAGCAGCCCCUGGUUGGCAUGGCCAUGGAGAAAGUGAAGGAUUCGCUGACACCCAUGGGCUUCCUGGAGGCAGCCGUGAAGAUCAGCCACACAUCACCCGACAUUCCAGCAGAUGUGCAGCUCUCCAUGAAGGAGCACUUCCUGCGGCGCACACAGCGUAUGCAGAGACAGACCACAGAACCAGCUUCAUCCACCAGGCACAGCUCCUUCAAACGUCACCUGCCCCGUCAGAUGCAGGUAGGAAGUCUGGAUCUGGGAGACGAUUAUGUGGACAUGGAUGAGAAGCCCACAAGUAUUGGCCGCAUCAAGCCAGAGCUCUACAAGCAGAGCAUGCUCGAGAGUGAAGAGUCAGCCAAGAAAGGUAGUGCCAAGACUUGUGGUAAGAUCAACUUCUCACUGCGCUACGACUAUGAAAAUGAGACGCUGUUGGUCCACGUCCUCAAAGCCUUCGACCUGCCAGCUAAAGACCUUUGUGGUAGUUCAGACCCCUACGUCAAGAUCUACCUGCUGCCUGACCGUAAGAAGUUCCAGACGCGUGUCCACCGCAAGACGCUCAACCCUACAUUUGAUGAAGUCUUUCAGUUCCCAGUGCCCUAUGAUGAUCUGCACGCCAGAAAGCUCCACCUCAGCGUCUUUGACUUUGAUCGCUUCUCCCGGCAUGACAUGAUUGGUGAAGUUGAAGUGGACAACCUGUUCGAGGCGUCCGAUCUCUCCCGGGAGACUUCUAUCUGGAAGGACAUCCAGUACUCCACCACUGAGAGCGUGGACCUUGGGGAGAUCAUGUUCUCGCUAUGCUACCUGCCUACAGCUGGAAGACUUACACUCACUGUUAUCAAGUGCAGGAACCUCAAAGCCAUGGACAUCACAGGAUAUUCAGAUCCCUAUGUCAAAGUGUCUCUUAUUUGCGAUGGGAAACGUUUGAAAAAGAAGAAAACCACCAUCAAAAAGAACACGCUGAACCCCACCUACAAUGAAGCCAUCAUUUUCGACAUCCCCCCAGAAAACAUGGACCAAGUCAGCCUGCACAUCUCCGUCAUGGACUACGACCUGGUGGGUCAUAAUGAGAUCAUUGGUGUGAACCGUGUCGGGUCUGGAGCCGAGGGCCUCGGCAGAGACCACUGGAAUGAGAUGUUGGCAUACCCACGCAAACCCAUUGCACACUGGCACCCCUUGCUGGAGCCCAAGAAAUCAGAAAAAGAGUGGAAAACCAGGACAGCUAGUUUUGACAGUCAGGGCUCCUGCCCUUCCCCCAAAGCACCCGCCAGCCCUUGAAUGAAACCACAUGUGACCCAGAAGGUCUGGCUCCCUUUCCUGCUGUCUGUCUGUGUGCCUGAGGAAAGAGAAAAAAAAAAAACGCAACAAAACCAGAACAUAAAAAUCCCUGCCAUCUCCAGGCCUCCUCAGUUUCUUCAGAGCUUCUAAGCACCAGUUCUUGCAGUAUUUCUCUAAAAUCUCUGGAGUCUGAACCUUGUUUUGCAGUCAGUUCUUGGAGGCCUUGUGUACAAAUCUUUCACAAAGCGCAACGCGUUUUUGGUACAGCAGCAGAAUUAUUUUCCUACCUUCAAAAGGUGGAUGAAAUCUGAACAUGGCAUUAUCAGAAGAAUGACUUCAAGAGGUUGAAGUUUUCCUCACAAGACGAUCACAUUACUCAGCACUCGUUGCUUGGGAAAAAAAAGGAUGAGUUUAUUUCCGAGAGCCGAGUGUCUGAGCCAUUAAAGGAAGGAUGAUUCCAGCCGAAACAGAAAAAGGACUCAAUCUAAGGCAGUCAGAACUGAAAAUAGUAGAGGAGGAAAAUGAAUUGUCAGCUGUUAUACAUGGGUAAACCUCUCCAGAUUCUUUUUGGAAGGAAAACCAGACUUAACACUGUUGCUGAGAGUUUUACAAUAUCUGUCCUGAGCUUUACUGAUGUCGUAAAAAAGAAUCGUGUUAGUUACGUCAUUUAAAAGAGAGCCGUUUUUGCCAAUUUCAGCAGAGCUUAAUGAUCUCAAGUGCUUUCCUUACUGUCAAAAGACCUCUAAAUAGAGAUAUUUUAAGAUCGGCUCAGUGUUACUGGUGGAUGAUAGAAUAGAAAUCUAUACAUUUAUCUCUGUUCAAUUGGAAUGAAUUUUGACACAUUCAGUUAACAAAUGUUAGUUACUAUGUUAGUAUUCAUGUUCUCAGUAGUCUCUGUUGUUUUUGACCUCCAUUUAA